GACUCGGCGGUGUUGCCGCCGAUAAGACCGUCACCAGAAACCCUAGUCUCUCUCUCGGUUUUUCUUAAUUUUCAUUUCUUAUUUAUUAAAUUAAAGUCACAAAUUAAAUAUUAUCCCUAGUGCAGAAACACGUCGUUGCGUUUGCCCUUGCUUUUGCCAGUGUUUGUUUCAGAUUCCCUCCUCCCAACUCUGAGUAAAUGGAUAGGUUUCAGAGGGUGGAGAAGCCCAAGGCGGAGGCUACGCCCAUAAACGAGAAUGAGAUUCGUAUAACGGCUCAAGGCAGAAUGAGGAACUAUAUUACUUACGCCACCACUCUCCUCCAGGAGAAAGGAUCUGACGAAAUUGUUCUAAAGGCAAUGGGCCGAGCUAUCAAUAAAACGGUUAUGAUUGCUGAGUUAAUAAAGAGAAGGAUUCUUGGUCUUCAUCAGAAUACGUCUAUUGGAUCAACUGAUAUAACUGACGUGUACGAGCCCCUAGAAGAAGGCCUGCUUCCUGUCGAGAGUACUCGGCAUGUUUCAAUGAUCACUAUUACCUUGUCGAAGAAGGAGCUCCUUACAUCCUCUACAGGAUAUCAAUCCCCUCUUCCAGUUGACCAAGUGAAACAGUUGAAUGAUUUUGAGGACGAUGGAGACGGUUCACCUGGAUUCCGAGGCAGGGGUCGUGGUGGCCGAGGAAGAGGCCGGGGUAGAGGAAACUACAAUGGAGUUGGGGAUUAUAAUGGAGAUGGUUGGGAUGGUGGGCGUGGUUAUGGUGGCAGAGGUAGAGGCCGUUCAAGAGGUGGUUCUUUUAGGGGUCGAGGACGAGGUUAUGGUCAGUCAGGUGGAUACUAUGACUAUGUCGAAGGUGCACCUGCCCAAGGCCGCGCUAAUACCGAUGGUUUUGACACAAUGCAUUUAGCUCUCUAUUUGCUUGGUGGGGCUUGUUUGAGAACCAUUUGGUUUUCAGCUUCUAGUUUUCACUUUUUGGUCAGAAAUUAGGAGGUUACGAGGAAGAUAGGAGAGGAUUAAUAGAGGAAGGGUGGUGGAAGGAAACGGAGAAAUGCACAUGGAAUGGUACACAACAUGGAACCAAAAACUGAAAAGAAAUUUCUUUUGUAUUUUUUUAUUUUGAUUUUGUAUGUAACAUGAUGUGCAUUUCUUCCCCCUCCCUCCUACAAUACUCUCCGCAUUCUUAUUCAUCUACCCUGCCAUCUACUUUCUCUCUAUACCUAGUGAAAAAAACUGAAAACUUUAAACUUAAAAUCAAAUGGUUAUCAAAUGGGCCCUUAGAAAGUGGAAACUUUUGCGUUCUCAAAUAAUUAAUUCAUAAGUAUCGUGCUCACUGAAUCUUUGGAAUGUGGGAAUG